CCGCUCUGCAUUCUGGGUCACGGAGUGCGUUCUCUUCCGUCAUCUCCACCGCCCUCUACCACCACCGUCCAAACACAAAAACUACACUUCCCGGCGUGCCUCUCGCCGGGAUACGAGCAGAUUACGUAUGCAGGCCGCGGUGCGCCGUGGGUGGUGUAGUCCGUGCUCGAAUGUGGCUUCCCGACCUACGCAGUGACCAUCUGCGCCACAGGACUACAACGCCCAGCAUGCCGCGCAGCUGUUAGGACCCGCUGAAGCAGCGGGGGUAAGAUGGCGGCCGCUGGAAGGAUGGGGAAGCUCUCUUUGUUUUAAAGCUGGAAAAUAAUUCACCAAGAUCGUCCCUUCACCGGUGCGGGCCGUCCAGAGAGAGGCGGAGUGUGAGCGGCGGGCGCCUGUGUGAGCCGGUGUUUCAUAGCAGGCUGCAGUAAUGGCCGAAGAUCGCCAAGAACAGAAACAAACCCAGGAAGAUGCUGAAGAGGAGGUCACAGCAGAACCCACACUGACAACUGAACCCACAUUAUCAGAAGAUGAACAGGAGCUUUCUGCCAGCAUCCCCGAACAUGAUCCUCCUGAAGUGUUCUGCCCCGGAUACAUCUUUCUGAAAGUUUUGCAACAAGUUGUCGGUGAAAGUAAGAAGACACUCUACGGGGUCAAAGACCAAAAAUCUAAAUGUUCAAAGUCGAAAAAGACUUGUAAAAAGAAACCACAGAAAAAAACAGUGGAGCCAGAAGAGGCAAAUUGUCUCCGUGCAGAAAAUGAAAAUUCUAAUCAUGAACCUACACCAGAUAUAUUGUUUAGUCUGGCUAGUGCAUUGGAAUAUGUUGAAAAGACUUGUAGUACAAUCACAACGGGGUCUCGUCUCCAGUCUUCUGUAGAAGAGAACCUAGAAUAUGAAGACUUGUAUUCCUUGGAGGAAAUAGAUGAAAUUGAACUUUUGGCAGAGAUUAGACUUGGAGAUGUUGAAGGUUAUUCAAGUACGGGGUCAGGAAUCUUUAGAAGAGAUCGACACUGGAGAUUCCAGAAAUCAGUGUGCCUAAGUAGCUCAGGGCUGCGACUCACUGAAGGACAAUCAGCAAUAGAAGAGAGCGCAUCCAGGCCUUCAAGAAAUGAGGACACCCUGGAACAUCUUAAAUGCCCUCUAAAUAUAAAACCUUGUACGCCCAGGACAUUGCACAGAACUAGCAUUAGCUCAAAAUGUGAUUUAAUGCAGAUCUCAAAGGAUGUUCAUCCGGACAGGACUUUACAACAGGAAAGUCCUCCUAGAGCAGCUGGGGUACCAGGACUUCUGAAGCCUGACAAAGGUCUUUCGGACGCCUUCUCAGUGUCUCGAGUACAGAAUAAACUUUGCCCAAACAGGACUAGUCUGAUUAGUAGCAAUAAUAAAUUUAUUAAAAAUCUACCUGAUUCUUUAGUGUCCAUAGGACUGGCGCUAGGAAAUGGCACUGGGGUAUCAGGCGGACAACAAAGACCACUUGGUGGAGAAGGGUCCACCUCAAACAACCAACAUUCACAGCCUGUUGGUUCUUUGGAAAAAACAGAUACAAGUUCCUCCUAUUCAUCAUCCUCUUCCCAGAAUCCUACACACUCUGCUGGCGAUAGUGGAACACAAGACCUAGAUAUUUAUGACCCUUUUCACCCUACAGACGAGGAGAAUGUGAAUGGAGAUUAUAUUUAUGAGGACUCCCCAGAAAAGGAAAUGGAUGAGCAAGAGGAUCAAAAAUAUGAUCCCUUUGAUCCUACCGGCUCUAAUCCAAGUUCUUCUGCGCAUAGUCCUUCACCAUAUGAAGAUGACGAUGAUGAUGAAAUUGGGAGCGAGUCCCAUCCUGAAGGUCGAAUAUCUGAAGCCUUGGCUGGUAUCUAUGAUGAAAAUAGCUUAAGCUCAGAAUAUCAUGGUUUAGACAAAAACAAGGAGAAUUCAAAAUCUGCUGAAUGUGGUAAAGGGACAGAGGAGCAUGAGGGUGGUACUGAAGUCAACAGUAAUAAAAUCGAGCAAAGACUUUCCAAAGAUCCCUCAGACUCUGCUUCCAAAAGUAUUUCGAAACUGGAUUUUGAACCUUACAGUCCGAGCUCCAGCAUAGACCUGGACACGACCGAUGACAUGGAGGUACAAGAAGUGUCUCCAGAAGUAACUGAAGAAAAAAAUGUUGUUGAACCACCAGCUGCUGAUUCAACCUUGAAUGAAGCCAAUCCAUCAGAUACCUCAGUGGAGUCAGUAAGACGAGUAUUCACUGUAGAUGUUGGUAAAGACUUUGAUCGCAGUAUAGACCUCACAUCUGAAGCAGAGUCAAAAUCUAAGGUUGAAAUUAAAGUAUCGCUAGAGUCUUUAGCAAAACCUGACAUGAAGUCCUACCUACGGUUAGAAAAAAUUGCCAAACUUGGAAGCGAGUCAAGAUCACGUCACAAACGGAGACACUCCUCCGAAAGGAGGGAACGUGAUGAGGACUCUGAUCGGAAAUAUGAUUCUGAGAUUGAAGAAGGAGAAAUUGUUCAGCCAGAUGAAGACUGUUUUAGCCCAAUGCCUUUGUUCCGCAGCCGGUGUCGUGUCAUGGAGAGACCACUAAGGAUGGUUGAAGGAGAUGACUUUCUGUCUUUGCAUGCAGAUUCAGAUGAGGAAGGGGCUUUGCAGAUUGAUUUUGGUGAAAAUUCAUUGGAUAACCGAUGGAAAGGGCUGGACCUUAGACGUAAAAUCACAAAUCAGCGGCGGGAGAGAUACCGUAAAAAGUCAGUGUCACCUAAAAGAGUUAAAAAGCAGUCAAAAUCUCGCUCUCCUUCCAGCUCUCGUAGCCGUAAAAAAAACAAACGAGAAAGAAAAAGGUCAAGAGAACGAAAAAGGUCAAAAGAACCAAGGCCAUCUGGUUCCUGGUCCAGUACAAAAAAGCUGGGAAAGGACAGUAAGGACCACAGGCGUUCUAGGUCACGCUCUUACAAUAAGGUUUCUCGAUCUCGGUCUAGAGACCGAAGGAGAUCACGUUCUUGGUCUCCUUCGAUUAGCACCAGCAUAUCUGCUGUGGGCUCCUGUCGUACAUCGGCUGAAAGAAGGAAAAGCCGAAGGUCAAAAUCAAAAGAGAAAAGGCGUCGAUGGUCUCAUUCUGGUAGCACUGACCGGUCUCGAAAAGAUAGACACAAAGAGAAACAUCGUUCAGAUGUAAAGAAAAAGAAGAAAAGAUCACGUUCUAAAUCUAGGGAGAGAGACAGAGACAGACAGUCUUCACGUCACUCAAAUGAAAGGAAGGAUAAAGAUAAACCAAGAUCUAGGCACUCCAUGGAUGAGCCCAAGGUGGAAAAUCCUCCAUUAUUAGAAAGAAGGCGUCGAGACAGUCGGUCUGUAGUGCCGCCUUCUAUUCAGGAUCUCAAUAAUGCUGAUCUUUUUACUAUUAAGCGAACUAUCACGGUUAAUCCAGAAGAGAAAUUAGAUAGGGAGGAGUUGCUUCGCACUCCAGAGCUGUCUGGAAAAAGAGAAGUUCUUUAUGAUUCUGAAGGGCUAAGUUUUGAAACAUAUUCUGACCGUGAAACUCUAGAUGACAGGGAUGGUAAAUGUAGUCGGCAUUUUGACAGGCAUUCGGGGAAAUCUGACUCUGGCAAGAGGAGGCUACCCAUGGAAUUUGACUCAAAGCGGGUAGAGGAUGCUAGAGACAGUAGACAGAAAAUCUCUAAAGAGCGGGAUAGAAAGAGAUCCUACACAGAUGGCAGCAGAGAAAGAUAUAAAAAGAGGUUCAAAGAUGCUCCUGAAAUGGAACCAGAGCCCUUAAAGCUAGACAGAGAAAAGGUUCGUUCAGAAAAAGAUAAGACUCCUAAGAAAAUUAAGACCAGUCAUAAAGAUAGCAAAGGAAGCUCGACCAGGAAGGUUAAACUUCAGUCUAAAGUAGCUGUUUUGAUCCGUGAAGGAGUGAGCAGUACAACCUCGGUGAAAGAAGUCGGUUCCAUUGGGGUAAAGUUUAGUCGGGAUAGAGAGAGCCGUUCUCCAUUCCUCAAGUCAGAAGAAAAGAUGACAGAUAUAAAGAGUAGUAGGCCCAAACCAGAAACUGAAGAUGUAAAAGAACCUCUCUUAAGGCCCAAAAAAAUAAAAGGCUUAAAAACCAAGACCGGCGUUAAGAAAGUAAAGACUGCAGGGACCGGAGGAGCUCUAGUUAAAACUAAGGGACCGCUAGAGAAGAAGAAAAAGAAGCUGAAAACAAAGGCCUCCCUCAAGAAGUCUAAAGCCGAUAGUUGUAGUCAGGAGAUCCUAAGCCCGAUUGAAGCCAAAGACGAACCAAUUUGGUCAGAUACUGAGAAGACUGAGAUUAAAAUAAAACCCCCCAGUCCGCCCAAACCAGCCAAUGAGCAGGAGCUCACCCCUGAUUCACAGACUGUAGACAGUAGCUGCAAGACGCCGGAUGUGUCAUUCAUGCCUGAGGAACUCCCUCCAGACCCAGAGAGAAGUUCUGAUGUGGAGGUUGAUAGUCUUUCAGAACCUAAAGAAGAAGUUCCCCGUCCACCACCGCCGCCUCCACCACCUCCUGCGCCAAUGUCAUGGAACCUGCAGUCAGGAGUAGAUUGUGCCACAAGUGGGGUUUUGGCCUUGACUGCUUUACUCUUCAAGAUGGAAGAAGCGAACAUGGCGAGCAGAGCCAAGGCGCAGGAGCUCAUCCAAGCUACCAAUCAGAUCCUCAGUCACAAGCCUUCUACCUCAUUGGUCAGCCAGCCUCCACCUCCACCCGUCUUGUCGUCUAUUGGUCAUUCAGCUCCUUCAUACCUUCUCGGUGGUCUUCCCCUCAGUAGUAGCUCCAGUCCUCCUACCCCCACUGGAAUUUCAGGCCUAACCACACAGACUAUGUCCGGAAGUACAUCCAGCUCGUUCUUCAACACUACAUCUAUCUCUGAGCUGGGAAAACAGGAAGGCAGCACCAGCUCUGAAGGCAGAGGAGACACGGACAAGUACUUGAAGAAGCUGCAUACACAGGAGAGAGCCGUGGAAGAGGUGAAAUUGGCCAUUAAGCCGUAUUAUCAGCGGAAAGAGAUCACAAAGGAAGAUUACAAAGAUAUACUGAGAAAGGCCGUACAUAAGAUCUGUCACAGCAAAAGUGGAGAAAUUAACCCCGUCAAGGUAAACAACUUGGUGAAAGCCUACGUCCAGCGAUACAAGUACUUCCGGAAACACGGCAAGAAAAUGGACGAUGAUGAGAGCAGCAGCAGUUACCGUGGAAAGGACCAGGGUGGCUUUGAAAAGGCAUUACCCCCUUUACCGUUAAUUUGAGCCAGAGAGGACUAUUGGAAUCUACCUAAUAAUGUCAGUUUAAAAGAAAAGAAAGAGGAAAAAAAACUUUUAUGCAAAUAAUUGUCAAACUUUAGAGAUACUUAUCUUUAGAAAAAAAAAUCUAUGUGAGUCCUGACAAGCCCUCUCCCUCUGCUUGUACUGUGGUCACAGACCUGUCAGAGCCGGGAUCUUCUAGCAAGUCCUGCACAGGCCAUUGUUUGCUGUGCGGUCUCGUUUUAAAUAGUCGUCUCUUGUAAAUAUAUAUUUUGCUUCACAGAUUUGCAGCUUUAUUAUCCAUAUUCUCUACCGGAUUUUAAUUUUUAACACUGAUAUCCUCCCCUCGACCCCCCCCCCCCCCCCCCCCCCACCAUUAUUAUUAUUUUAUUUUGCAUGAUUUUACACAACUCUACGGUUUCAUCUCCUCGGUAGCAAGUUCUUGUUAUAAACUCCUUUUCCUGAUAGCUGUAAUAAAACGCCAUCCUG